AGAGCACACGAGCCGCUGAAUCAAACCAAGCCAGAGGAAAAGAAGACUGGGCUGAUGCUUCAAGCCUCCUCAAAGACCAAGAUGGAGAAUCAGGUUGAGGAAACUUUCCCAAAGGAGGAGAACCUAGCUGAAAACUCAGAUGUCUCUGUGAUGUUGAAGAACAGCAAAUGUGGAGCUCAUGCAGAAAGUAAGUCGCUGCUUGUCCUGAAAGAAGCCGUGAUUGCUGAAGUUGGGAAUAAGGAUAUUGAGCUUUGUGCAGAAACAGUGGGCUGUUUGAGUGAGAGGAAGGAACCGCCUCCAGCUCAACACCAACAUCCUUUGAAAAACAGCCUGCAGAAAGAGUCUUUAUUAGACAUGAGUGAUACCAUUCACUCCAAAAGUAAAAGACCUCCAAAAGAGAGAGUGGAGAAUAAUACAAAAGAAGAAACGCUAACAUAUGGGCCAAUGCCAGUUUUGAAUGAUUCCUCUUCAGCAAGGUUUACUGACACUGAUGACCAAGGAGAUCCAGAAGUGGACACAAGCGAAAAAAAUGCAAAUCAAACCACGUCCGAUGAUUCAGCAUCAAAUCCAGUCUUAGACAAUGAGCCCAGCUCUAUUUUGGAGAAGCUCCUGAAGAGAAACAAAGUAAAUGCAACCUUGUCUCUUUCUAAAAUAAAGGAGGUCGACACUGGCAACAAGGAAGCCAUAGAUGUUCCUGUGAAGAAGGGUACAAAGAGGAUCCUUGACAGCACAACAACAGAGAUAUCCAGUGACCGGACUGAUCAGUCAGAACAUGACAAGAAGGAGACUUUACCCUCCUCUGCAGAUUCUAAAAACAAGCAACCACAAUCAAACCUUGCAAAGACAGAUAGGCGCAGUAAGGACCAGGACAUGAAGCAUACAGCCACUGCUUCCAGUGCGACCUCAGAUUCACUUUGCUCUCAGACGGGAGUGACUGGGGACACUAUGUGUGACAGCUCACUCACAAAAUCACAUAAUUCCAAAGCUGAGAACAUAAACUCAACAGAUGCUUCAGUCAAGGAGGACACAGAGAUGAAGCCAAAUAAAGGCCCCUCUAACAGUGUGCACUCUGACAAGUUACAAUCAGCUGUUUCACAUGAAACAACAUCAUGUGAUGUGAGUCGUGUGAUCUCUGAGGAAUCUGCACCUUCUGAUCCAAAGCCUCCAACUACAAAAAGUGAUGGGAAGAUCGCUGACUCAGGCCAUUGUCUCACUGCUGAGGAGACAGACAGCAGUAAAGUAAAAACACCGCCACAGAAUGAGGAUGACAGGGAGAGUAAAACUGAUUCACAGCUAUCUGGUUCUGAGAAGGCAGAUGCUCAGUCGGCAAAGAAAAAGAAAGUCAAAGAGUCCCCUAAGGAUGCUGCUGCACCAGCUGUGGAUGCUGGCUCUGUUGUGGCCGCAGGUGGGACAGUUACCUCAGACGAAGGCCGAAAGGUCUCAGUCAGCGUGAAGCAGGAUCUUGGUGUGACACUUAACUCGGAAACCGACAAGAAACCUGGCAAAGAGAGAGAUGACACUGUCUCAAUGAGAGACAAAUCCCAGAGCUCUCCCAAAUCUAGGCCUGUCUCAGAACUCAUAAAGGAGACAAUUCAGCUGCAUGAAAAGCUGCAGCAACAGGACCGGCCCAAACCAGUUGAAGUCAAGUGUGAUGAGCAGGGUCAGUCUGUGAAGGUGGCACAGAUGAAGGCAGCCUUUGACUCACCUCAGAAAACUCCAGACAAGGCAGUCGAGAGGAAGCCAUCGAUGAGAAAAGAUAUGAAACGAGUUGUACGGCAGAGCAAAUUCCGUCACGUCUUUGGCCAGGUGGUGAAGAAUGACCAAUGCUACGAUGAUAUCCGGGUUUCAAGGGUCACAUGGGACAGCGCCUUCUGUGCAGUCAAUCCCAAGUUUGUUGCCAUAAUUAUUGAGGCCAGCGGUGGUGGAGCUUUCCUCGUUCUCCCUCUUCACAAGACGGGACGCAUUGACAAAUCCUACCCCACAGUGUGUGGGCACACAGGCCCGGUGUUAGACAUCGACUGGUGCCCUCACAAUGACCAGGUCAUUGCCAGUGGGUCUGAGGACUGCACAGUGAUGGUAUGGCAGAUUCCUGAGAAUGGCCUUGUCACUUCCAUGUCUGAGCCAGUGGUGGUACUGGAGGGCCACUCCAAGCGCGUUGGCAUCAUCACAUGGCAUCCAACAGCACGCAAUGUUCUUCUCAGUGCAGGUUGUGACAACCAGAUUAUCAUCUGGAACGUGGGCACAGGUGAAGCCAUGAUCAGCUUAGAGGACAUGCAUCCUGAUGUCAUUUACAACGUGAGCUGGAACCGCAAUGGUAGCCUUAUCUGCACCUCCUGCAAGGACAAGUCCAUCCGUGUCAUUGACCCACGCAAGGAGGCGAUUGUUGCUGAGAAGGAAAAGGCACACGAGGGCGCUCGACCCAUGAGGGCCAUCUUUCUUGCUGAUGGCAACGUCCUCACCACCGGUUUCAGUCGCAUGAGUGAGAGGCAGCUGGCUCUCUGGAACAUACAAAACAUGGAGGAGCCCAUGACCGUUAAUGAGAUGGACACCAGCAACGGAGUGCUUUUGCCCUUCUACGACCCAGACACCAACAUUGUUUACCUCUGUGGGAAGGGUGACAGCAGCAUCCGUUACUUUGAAAUCACAGAUGAGGCUCCCUAUGUUCACUUCCUCAAUACCUUUUCCAGCAAGGAGCCCCAGAGGGGCAUGGGCUACAUGGCCAAGAGGGGCCUUGAUGUCAAUAAGUGCGAAAUUGCAAGGUUCUAUAAACUUCAUGAAAGGAAGUGCGAGCCAAUUGUGAUGACUGUACCUAGAAAGUCUGACCUGUUCCAGGAAGACCUGUACCCCAACACAGCUGGACCAGACCCUGCCCUGGAGGCUGAGGAGUGGUUUGAGGGCAAGAAUGGAGACCCCAUCCUCAUCUCCCUCAAGGAUGGCUAUGUUCCGCUCAAGAACCGUGAAUUCAAGGUGGUCAAAAAGAACAUUUUGGACCACAAGGUCACCAAGAACACAGAGAACUCGUCUCCUGCCAACAAGCCUGCCUCCGAAACUCCAUCAAUUAAAUCUGAAGCCAACCUGGGGGAGAUCUUGAAAGAAGUCAAAUCCCUCAAGGACCUGGUCAGCAGUCAGGAGAAGCGAAUCAUCAAACUUGAAGAGCAAAUUUCCAAAAUAGCAAUUUAAGGACCCUUUGCCGAACCCGCUACAAUUCAGGACGUUCCAUUGGCUGGGGGGUGGGCGGGAACAGUCACUGCCUAUCUCAAUGACAGUGUUUCGUCUGAGUCCUGCCUAGCAAUGAUCCCUAGCAACAUUCCAGAUGAACUUUUUCUUAGCUGGCCCCCUACCCUCAGUUUAACACAGGUGGAAUAAGGACAUGUGGCAAAUUUAGCAGAAAAUACUCUUGCUUUGGGUGACAAAGGACUCAAUUCCUUUUAUUCUGUGGCAGUCUUUUUUUUAAUUUUGUCUACUUGUAUGAAAAGGUCUUACAUAAUUCUUUCAUUUUAGAACAAUGACCAAGAAAACUCCAGUGUCUGCAUACCCCAUUUACUAUUGUAUAUCAAUAUAUUUUUUAAGUAAGUAUCAGUGUUUCAUGUUAGAAUUCCCUAAAAUUAUAAUGUUGCCAAAUCUGGACUUUUGUUUACACCUCCUUCACAGUAUUGUUUUUCUCUUUGUGGGAAUAUUCAAAAUGCAAACAGUGAAACUCAGUGCAGUAGACUGGUUAUGUGAGGAGGACAAUAAUCUCAUCAAUUAUUCACUAUGAAAUUAUAUUAACAAAAUUGGAUUAUUACUAUCGGAAGACUGACAUUUCUAAUUCUGUAGUUAAAAGUGAAUACAUUCCAGUUUGCCACAGUCUACACCAAGCAAUCAGACACUAUAAAUGACACUUCUUGCUGUCUGUCUUGAAGCUGCACAAAUUAGUGCCUGCUUUUUGCUCUUUUUUUUUUUUUUUUUUUGCAUUUCUGUUGAUUUGUGUCACUCUGACUGUGGACAUAUAGUCCAUCUAAACAUGCAUUCCUUUCUGCUUUGCUUCAUUAACAUGCACUCUGCACUUGUUGAAGAAAAUGACAAACACAUUCCACAAAUCUCAUUGACUCGUAAUAUGAGGACAAAAAAUUCCAGGUUCCUCUUUCUGUAAACGCUCUACUGUAGUGACUCAGUUACACUGGUUGGUUGUUCUUGUGAUAUUUUAUGUGCUGCCAAUGGAAAGACCAACUUUUAUCCUUUCUGCAGAACUCUGUUUUUGUGAGAGGUUCAGUCACCAACCUCAGUGUUUGUUGUCUGUGGGUCAACGCACAGGUGUAGUCAAGUGUAGUGGGAUUAUUUCUUGUCGCUGUUCUUUUGCAUUAUGUGACAUCUCACAUCUGGAUUUUCUGUACAAACAAAACAGGAAUAAUAUGAAAUGACACCAAAUAAUCACACAUUGACUUGACUAUUUAAAACCAGCUGGUGACAAAGCUGGAGAUUGCUACAGAAACUGUUCAUGAUAGACCUCAAAGGCCUAAGAUUGUGUGAAUAUGUGCCUCAUGUCUUGGCCUUUUGGGUGCUCGUCACUAUGGAUGUUCCUGCUUUGUUUCUUAUUCAGGGGGUUAUGAAAUGGACUCACUGUAGAGGGUCCAAGACUUGCCUCUAAUUUGAAAGAAUUGAGUUGUUGCGUUUUCACUUUGCAGUUAAUUUUAGCCCAUUUCUUGUUCCAGAUGUGCUUACAUCCCUCUUAGCACUUCCACGUCUCGGUCCUUCUAAUGGUUGUUUUUCAGAUGCCCCAAUUCAACAUAGCCAAUACAAAUACAAGGAACAAUUGAAUUGUCCAAUCUGAGUUGUUUUGCUCCAAUGAAAGUUCUAUUUUUUUUAUGUUUUAGAUGCGUUUCCCAGUGGGAAGCUGAGACGGGUAAUGGUUCAGUCUGUUGUUUGCCUUCAAUAAUUGUUACCACUGUAAAGACCUGAAAGUGCCAUAGAGGUGACCCCGGAAGUGUUUGUAGGGAGACUGUUCUGUGCGUAGUUUUGUGUAGUAAACGGAAGAAAUGAGAGGUGCCUGGCUUUAAAACCACUCUGAGGUGCUAUUCUUAAUAGAAACAAUAUGUUUGAAGAAUCCCGUUCCUGAAGUACCGCAUGUCACCGAACCGGAAGGCAUGAAGUCCUGCCAGCCCAUCCCACAAUACACCAGGCAGCAUUUCUCGUCGGGGUUUAUUCCAAGCUUUGUGGCCCUGACAUUUUGAAAUUUUCCACCUCGGUACGGGUAUCAAAACAUCUUUAAAAAGAUGUCAAACCAAGAAUCUGUCGACUGAGUUCACAGCGAGUCGUCUUGGCUUCAAGAUACAAUCAGAGCUGUGAGUCGUAGAAUAUCAGUGAGGAAAUGUGCGGAGUGUGACAGACAUUAUACUGCCCUGUCUUGUAUAUCAGACUGCCACUCUGGAUUCUUUAUAGCACUGUCAGCACAAGAGCAUGGUUUUGAGGAGUAGUAGUUAAUAGUGAUCCAAAGGGACUCUGUAGGUUGGAGAAAUGUGCAGUUGAAAGAUAGAUGUAUGUUUGUAAUUAAGGUCUAGAAAAUGAGUGAAAGCUGUGUAAAUAACAUGACCAUAUAUCUGUGUUUUUUGGGGUUUUUUUUUUCAUUUUUUUGUUUUGUGGUUGUGCUGAAGAGGGUAUUUGUAUGGGAGGAGGGUUUUAAAUGUUUCCCCUUGUUUGUGUUCCUUGCACCUUGCCAUAAUGCAUCAUGAGAAAAGCAGAACCUCUGUUACACUGGAGGUCAUUCAAAAAUCAAGAAAGCUAAUCAGACGAAAACAAAGCAGGAUGGAAAGCCUCAUGUGGAGGUCUGCUCAGCAUUUUUGUUCAUUAUUCUUGCUUCAAGUAUCAAACAUUGAUUAUAAGAAAAAUUAAUAAAGAAUUUUUAAAAUGG